AUGAACCACCUGUUGUUCGUUCGCUUUUGCAUUGUGUCUGCGCAUCUUGGGUUCCUAGCCUCAGCACUGACCGAACCCAACCACCGACCCCUGUCUCGCCAAGCCUCUUUUAGCUCCCGCUGCGCAGCUUUUGGUGUCGGCGGCGGGUACGGCACGGAGAUCUUCGAGGAACCAACGCUUCCGCGUCGCCAGCAUCCCGACCGGCCGGUUUUGUAGUCCAGACUCGACGACGACCCCAG